AUGCCCGGCACACCCAAGUUCGUCGAGACACCAGAGCAAAGGGUUGCGCGGUUAAGAGCUGCGCACUUGAAGGCGAAGCAGGCGCAGGUUUCGAGAAUGGACCGGAUCAUCGACGGCAGCAGACGCUUCUUCGACUCGGCUCACAAGGUCACCGUCUUGGGGUUGAUUGGUUUCACAGUGAUGGCCGGCUUGGUAACUGCCUACACCGCCGCCGACAUGAUAAUCUACAACAAGAACCGCAAGGCCGAGUUCAUCGAGGCGCAGAAGAAGAUGGAGGCCGAUUCGCUCGAGGCCGCCCGCCUGGCCUACAUUACCGGCAAGGCGACCGAGGAGCAGACUGCGCUGGUGGAGGAGUACCUGGAGAGUGAGCGCGAGGCUGGCCGUCCGAAGCCCUCCAUCUUCUCCAAGCUCCCCAGUGUCAUCGGCGCCCCGACUCCCAUUACGAACGAGACGACAGAGCAGACGACAACGAGCGUAUCAGAGGCGGCGACGUGGCCCGCGGCGACAACACCGAAGACGACCGAGGAGCAGCAGCAGCAGCAGCAGCCUGCAGCUGCGGAGGAGAAGUCUGGGCUAUGGGGCUGGCUUACCGGCUCGCUGAAGAAGGAGGAUGUUGCUGCGGGUGCGGGACAGCAAGCCCCCACGUUGGUCGGCGCUGUGAAGCAGGAGACGAGCGCCCUCAAGGAGAAGGCGCAAGCGGCGUUUGAGAAGGAGAAGGAAAACCAGAGGAAGGGUGGCCCCCUUGACAAGGUGGGCCUGCCUGAGCAGAAGUGA